AUGUGGCUCCCGCAGGUGCCGAGUUUACGCCGGCGCUUUCUUGGAUUUGCCAUCAUCACACUGGGCACUGUCGGCAGCCUCGUUGCCUUGCAACUCUCAGGGGCAGAUGGUCCAGGACCAUGGAUGUUGGGUUUGUUUGCAGCACUUCUGCUAGCAGUGAUCCACGUUCCCGAGAGCGGAGUGGUGCGAGAGGUGCCGUUGAACUGCCGUUGGGCCUUUUGUGUGGCCAUCGCUCUCCUCACACUUUAUGCAGCAACAUAUCCUUGGCAUCAGCUCACAUUUUGGCACCAUGCAGAGGAUGGCACAUUGGAAAUGCGUGCGGCCAAUGACAGGUGGAUCAUGCUGUUUGGCUUGGUAGGCAUGGCUAUGGUGUAUAUCCUUUGCAUCCUCAAGCGCCACCCGCCCAGCACAUACACGCACGAUGCCAAGUGGUGCAUGUUUGCCUUCUUGCUUGCCACCAUUUUUUACCAAUGCUUUGGCGCAGGAAGUGGGUACCACUCCUCGGGAAUAGGUGCUGCCUUCUUGGCCUUGUCGGUCAGUUUGCAUGGCAUCGCUUUGGGCUGGGUGAUGAUUCUUUUUCAAGCUCGGAUGAGAUUCUUCAGCUUUACUUCAGUGUCGCAACUCUGGAUCUUCAUCAUGUGUGGUGCCUUCAUAUCAAGUCCGCUCCUCGAUGCUACAAGCGUUUGGUCGAGAAGCUUUGGAUUGGUGGCUUUCUUGAUCGCACGCUUUGUGUUUCUGGGCAUUUGGAUGACAUACAGUGUCAUCGCUUGCAGGGCUAUAUGCCAAGGCCUGCAUGCCUUGUCCGUUGAGAGCCGCCGUGUCCAUGGUGCACCUCAGCGGCAAGCGUUGUGGGCCGCAGAGGUCUUGAGGACGGAGCUUUUCCUGGGCGCCAUACUGUUCAUCACGACAUUCAUCUCCUGGUUCACUAUCAAUUGCAUCAGGUUCGUGGAGCUCAGAUACCCAGACGAGUAUCAACGUGAUGCAACAAGCUUGUGGACCUUCGCGAGUUUCCUUCGUUGCUUCGACUGCUUGGUGAACACCGUGGACCUGGCACUGUUCUCUGGGAUUCUUUGGCAAGGAUCGCCUCCAGAGGAGGAGCUCGACGGCUGCUCUACGUCGCAUGAGGGUAUGGCCUCCAUGUUGGAUUUUCUGGAUGCUUCGGAUCGAGCGCACUACACCGCGAAGGUUCAAGAGCUCGCGCGCCGUGGUGUCCACCUCUCCGCGCUGAUGAACUUCUGGGAAGAGCUCCUGGAUGGUCAUUUGAUGCCCAGCUUCGACCCUUGCCGGUCCCAAACCAACGACGUGGUGCGACAGGCCAUCAUUCCCUCAUCUCGGGUGGGAGAUCGCGGCCGUGCAUUGGCAGAGCUUUGGGAAGAGCGGCCGGUACUUCCGCAGAAUAUGGUCACCCACCACUGGAGCAACAGCUUUGCACACUUACUGGGAGCCAUACUGGCAGAUGCUUUGAAGAUGCCAUCCUACGCGGAGAUCGCUGAAGAACUCUGUACUCCUGCGGGGGUAGCCUCUCUCAGCACAAAACUGCAGGAAGCUAAUCAACUGGGUGCCACCUACUGGGUAUGUGCUGUAUCCGUAAACCAGCAUGCCAGCAUUUGUGGCGGGUAUGGGCCCGAACCUCCAGAAGGCACUUUGAGAUGGGUGGAGUGGGACGCCAAGAGGCACGAUUCCGUGAGCUCGCAGCGCUUUGAGCUUUGCAAUUGCCAGGAACCCAAGCGGUUGAGCCAUUGCGAUGCAGCCUGUGAGCUGAACAAGUUUGAUGACAUGAUUUGCUUCUUGUCGCACGCUGUCUCCGACUUUGGGCAUUUGAUUGUAGUGGACCAGCACUUCGACGUUUUGUACAGAGCCUGGUGUGUAGCUGAGAUCGUGGAAGGCAAUGCGUUGCACGUCCCUGCUAAGAUCAAAGUGUUCUCCCAGAACGCUGUGGAUUGCAACUAUGACCGCCUAUCUUUGUUGGAUGUCCGGCAAUGUUCCGCAUCAUCGCAGGAUGACAAAGACUUCAUUUUGCGAAAGAUUGGGGACAUCGAGGCUUUCAACUUGAAGUUGCAACAGCUGGUUUUCAGUUCCGAAGGCCUUUUCUCUGAUUGGAUCGACGGCAAGGAGCGCUCACGCUUGGUGGGCCGAAUCUGGCGAAGAUCGACCUGCCGCACCUUCUCAGACUUGGAGGAUUCGAGCAGUUCGAGCACGGACACCUCAAGAUCAUAG